CUCCCGUGGAGCCUCUGUCAGGACGGGUUAAUGCGCACACGGGAUUAGACGGUAAUCCGCACUCAUGCGCAAACACAAGUGCGUGAGACCGGAGAGAGGUUCUGCUCUAAUUCUGCGACUAACACACAUUUGCUCUGAGCUCAUGAUGGAGAAGUGAACGAGGUCCUAAGGAUUUCGCGGCUGAUUGUUCCUCAACAACAAACAAAGCUGGAAGUGGAUGGAAUAAACUGACGUGGUGCUUGUGUACACUUCACCACUCACAACAUCCACAUCUUCAAUACAGACGUUCAGGUGCUCCUAUUGAUGCCAUCUCCUCUCAGAGCCGUAUGUCACUGACAUGUCAGUGUCUCCAUCGAGGACAGGAUGUCUAAAUGUGAGCUGAUCGAGCUGCAGGACCUCAGUCUGAAUGAUCCCAUCGAGCUGGCUGCCCCUGCGGCCCGUGGCGCCCCACCAUCGGCUCAGCCCUGCUCCUUCAGCGUCGUCCGUCUGGUUGGAGACAGCGUCAGCAUCGAGGCACCCGGGUGUCAGACAGGAGAGACUGGAGUGGGUCAUGACUUCCAGGUCUACAGUCACGCUCACCCCACCUGGUGUGACCUGUGUGGAGAAUUCAUCUGGGGUCUCUACAAGCAGGGUUUACGCUGCACCAACUGCAGUUACACCUGUCACUACCGCUGUCGACCAUUUAUCCGACUGGACUGCAGCACAGAUGGAGGUUUGUUCACACACCAGGGAGACUUCUCUGUUGACGCCAUCGAGACAGACACUAAUGUGGAUGAACAGAUCGAUUUGGGUAAACAGGGUUUAAGUGUCGGGGAGAUUCAGCAGAAGGUUAAAGAGUAUAACGCUCAGAUCAACAGUAAUCUCUCCAUGAUGGUGGUGAGUGACACAUAAACUAUAUUUCUGAACUUACAGUCAACUCCCAUCUGA